GUGAAAGAAAAAGGAUAGCUCGAUAGACAUAGACAGUGUCAAAUCAAUGGAGGUCAUACAUUGCAUUUUUAUGCAUUUUUCUCAAACAGAUUAGUGAAAUAAUAAUAGUUGACUGAGAAUUUAAUAUUUUGUAAAGUUGACAUGCACACUGCGAUUAAGAAUUUUCAACAUAAGUUGUAGGAAUGGCAGACCAAUUUUGUUUACGUUGGAACAAUUUCCAAUCCAAUAUAGUGAGUGCUUUAGAUUCAUUAAAGUGUUCAGAAGAUUUAGUCGACGUGACGCUCACUUGCGAAGGCAGAAACAUCAAGGCCCAUAAAGUCAUAUUGUCAGCGUGCAGUCCGUACUUCAGGAAUGUGUUCAAGGAGAAUCCCUGUCAGCAUCCAGUGAUAAUCCUGAAGGAUGUUUUAGCAGAUGAUAUUGUGAGUCUGUUGUCAUACAUGUAUCAAGGGGAAGUGUUCAUAGAGGAGAGCAAACUGUCCUCAUUUCUACACACAGCUGCACUAUUACAAGUCAAAGGAUUGACGGGUGUGACACAACAGAAAGAAAAUUUCUCCUCACCAAAUACCUCUAAUAAACUGUACACACAACUAACCAUAUCGUCAAGACCUAACUUUAAUGUUGCACACAAAGAGACAAAGCCACCAGCAUUAAAGAAACGAAGGAGUAGCACCUCCGACAAGCCCAACGACGUAACAAUAGGUGAUGGUCACAAGAAAAGCAAAGUCCUUGAAACAUGUGAUAUAUAUAACAAAAAUAAUUUUUCACAUUCAUCAAAAGAUGGUGUGGGAUUUGUACCUGAUGUUAACACUGAUAAAAAGAAUGAUUGUAAGAAUGACCAACCAACAAUUACAACAAAUGGGAAGAGUUCAUCAUCACAGGUGGAGAACAUUCCUGUAACAAUUAAAACAGAACGGAUGGAUGAUAAUGUUUCACCUGUCCUGUCAAUAAAUGCUAAUUCAGAAAAUGAUGAUAGUCUACCAGAUUAUGAAAACAGUAUGCUUGCCAGAUCUCUCCUCUCAGGUAUUAACCCUUCAAAAAGUGAUGUGAGCCCUAACACAACAUCAACAAAGAAAGUUACAAAUGUAGGCGAAGUUGUCAAUCCCAAUAGAGCAAAAGAUGUUAAUGCUGAAAAUAUAAUUUUUGCCAAUGUAGCAUCAAAGAGUCCUGGCAAAAGUACAUCUGGUGAGGAACUUGUUGUCAAGCAUGAGAAACAUUCACCAAAAUCAGAUAUAGAUUAUGAACCAGAAGUGUUACUAUCGGAACAGCAAGAUGGUAACGAGUCUGACAAUACUUAUGCACAGGAACAAUCUCAGGCUUUAUUAUUACUAGCAGGAAUGUCUUCUGUUAAUGUACUGGGGCCUGGAGCAUCAACAUCCCAAGGGAUGUCACAUCAGCAAUCAAACCAUGCAGCUAUAUGUGGGGACUGUCCUCACUGUGGAAUGAAGUAUUCAAAUCAAUCGGCUCUCAAAUACCAUGUGAGGCUAAUGCAUUCAGAUCUAACCAAUAGAUUGUGUUGCUACUUAUGUCCGAGGUCAUUCACAAUGCGUGAAACAUUCAAGGAGCAUAUGUGGACAAGUCAUGGUCAAAGGAAUUAAUAUACAUAAGGUUUGCUUCAAUAUUGUGCCUUAGUUGGAUUUCUUGUCAAUUAAGACAAGAUACUGAUAAAUUAAAGGGAAGAUAUGUGCCUUGUAAGAAUAUGUCGGUAUUGCUAGUGUCAGAAAAAUUCUAAUUGACAUGAGUAAAAAGAGACUGAUUUUUGCCGCGUGGAUUGUUAGAAACGCGAAAAAAUGCGCAGCAUUUUGAUAAUUGGUUAUUUAUAAUUUAAAUACAAUGAAAAUUAAGAAAAUAGGUGGUGAAGAUACUCGGAAGGAAAAUACAUGUUUUGUGUUUAUAGUAAGAUAUUGCUGUGCCACCUAAUAGGAUAUUUAUAAAGAGUUGGUGCUAAUAAUUAUCAGAUCCAGUAAAAUUAGGACAUGAAAGUAAAUAUCACGAUUUAAUGAUGAUAAUUCACCAUACAAAUUAUCAUAAUAUGAAUAAAUUCAAUAAUUUAUAAUGUGAUUGAUGUAUCAAAUUUAAAGAUUUAAUCUAAUAAGAUUGGUACACAUUCUUACUAAUAGAGUUAUUAUUGGAUAAUUAUCAUGACGAAUAUUUGCGUUGGUAAUCUCAAUAUUUGUUAUAUUUUCAUAUUGGGAAUAAAAAUCGUUGUUGCUAGUAUUAUGAUUAAUGGUUUUACACAUGUUUGUGAUACCAUAUAAGAGAAAGAAUGGAAACAAUCUAAAGUAGCAUAAGCUGCUGCGCUGAAGUAUCGUUAGCUUCUACUAUUAAACUCGCACGGCAGUACGCCGGCUUGUCACGUCCAAACAUAUAAUACCAUUUCAAUUUGAAGAUCUAAGCAUGCCAGAUACUGGAUCUUGUAAAGUUAUCCGAAUGACGAGCUAAAUAAAAAAAUGUGAAAACAAAUAUUAAAUCAGAUACUAGGUAUUUUCAUAUGGUAGUUAUCCGUAAAUGCGGGCACAGGCCUGAGUUGUAGCAUCGCAGUAAUAGACCAACCUCUGUGUUAGCCCGUACUAAUCAAACCAACCAUCAUCAUAAUAUGUUUUCUACCUAUUAAAACUCAUAUUUUUGGUGCUUAACAAACCAUCUGUUACUGCCUGAACAUACCUUAAAACUGCUCUACUAGAGAAAUAUAGAUAUUUUAAAUAUUUAUACUUUGUAAUUAUCCUACGCGUUGCCGUGGUUUGAUAAAAUUUUUAUCAUAUAUUUUUUAAUAUUAUAAAAGAUCGAAAGUAGUGGAAGUAAGCUAGAGGGUUUUAUUUUUUGGUAUUUGAAUUUUGAGUUGUGUUGAUACCACAAUUCAUAUACCGCCGAUGUGUUCCUAAAUUCAAUUAUAGUGUACGUUUGAGUGUCGCUGCAAGUGAUUCCAAGUCAUGUGUAAUAACUGAAGUGAUGAUCGCGGUCAGUAGUUUUCAGGCACAAUUAAAGAUUAUUGACAAAAUAUAUUUUAUAAAUUUAGUUAUUGUCGAAUAUUAUAUUGUUGCGUCAAUUUUGAAAUAAGUAAAUUGCGUGUGCCUCAGAACUUGAUCUAUAAUAACAGGUUUCCUUGUCGUGCGUUUAGGUGGAAUAUAUACAAGUGUUGCAGAAAGGUGCUAUUAUACUUAAAACAUAUAGGAGAGUGAUUUGUUGUUUCCUGGCAAUUCAGUUAUAGCUGUUUCAAUGGUUACACCUUUAUAACUAACGAGCUGAUUUAAUGAACGAUUUUUUUAUACAAAUUAUGAAGUCCAAUUGCCCAGAAAGUAUGUUCAUGUGAAGUUCAAUGAAGUCAAUAAGUGGUCAUUCACCAUCCCGUACUUCUAGUGUAAUGUACUGAAUACCUCCUUUCUGCAACACCCUUUAUUUAUGCUAUGUCCUAUAAUUUUGGUAAAACGUGCCAAAAUGUUAUGUGACAUAAGUUAUUGAAUUAGUAGAUUAUAAUUCUUUCUCGAAGAUAUUUUGUAUGUUACCAAUUAUUAUUAAUUUUUAUCUUUUAUUUUUAGUGUAAUUUGGGUUGUCGUAGAAAUAUUUUAUUUUCUCAUUAAUUUCCGAUAAUCAUAGUAUAAUUAGUUAUUUUUAUUUUGUUAAAUGAGAUAUUUUUUAAAAUAAUUUUAAAGAACCAAUUGUUGAUUUGAUUCACUCCGACGUGUUGAAUGCCAUUAGAAAAUUGUUACAUAAUAUAUCAUAUAUAGUUGUUAGUGUACCUAUGUAAGUAGAUAGCUAUAUUGAUAGUUACUUUUAUUGAAAAUAUUUACGCUGUCGUAGCAUUGUUGAAUGUUUUAUUCAGAAAUUUACAAGAUUUACAUUUUAAUUUAUGUUACGAAUAAAAUAUAUGCUUCUUAUAAUUGUG